UCGUGAGCCAAACAGCAGCAGCAGAACGCCUUCGAAAGAGGGCGGUGCGGGUGCGGGACGAGGUCAAGUGCUCAAAAAGGACAAGGCGAACUUCCUUCAGGAACUGCAGCUGUUGCACGACCGGAAUGGGUAAGAAGGAAGCUUGGGUGGUUUGUGAUUGAUUUUGUUUGUUUUUGUAGGAUGGGAGGUAGGAAUGUGGAUUCGCACCGGUUGUAUUCGGUGGUGGUGGCCCGGGAUUGGUGGUUGAAGGUCAAUUCCCGCGAUAACUGGAACGAGAUCAUAGAGGAGAUGGCGCUGCCGAAGAGUUGCGUGAACAACGAGAUUGCGUUGAAGAAGAUAAACAUCGUAAACAUCCGGUUUUUGGACAAGUACGAGACAGGUGAUUUUCAUGGUGAGGAGAAGGAGUCACAAAGAGGAGGACGAUGAGAAGCGGGAUAAUCGGAGGUGGCCAGAGCGGAUGUUGCACUCGGUGCCGGCGGUUUACUACACCGCAAAUAACCGCCCACAAAUGCUCAUCUCGCGACGGCGCAGCUCCAGCCGAAUGAACCUGACAGCGUGCCGAAAAAAUCUGUGUCAUUCUCGAGAGAGGAUGAAGUUCCGAGGGCCUCAUCAACCCAAUGUUCCGGACGCGCUUCCAGAAUCGGAAACUCCCUGUUCAGGCACUUCACUUUCAAACCGGGAAACGUCGAUCACCCUUGCCGAAUCUACAGCCAACUUCUCCAAACCUGUCCUGAUGAAGGCCGGCAACGUGACCAUCAUGUUCUCUACUUUGCUGUCGCGCGUCGAAACGUCCAUCCGGAACCGUCCAGCUUGGGGUCUUCGGAAGUGACCGGUGGCGUAGCCUAAGAAUCGAUACAGAUUGGACUCGGUUUUGGCCAGAAGCGUUAAAUACAAUAACUUUUAAAAACUUUUAAAAAUAAAUAUAAAAUCAAGCCUAGAA